GAAACAAUUCAAACCACUGGUCAGAGCAGCUGAAAUGGAUUUGAGAAGGUUGAUGAGGUCAGACCUGCUGUUGCUGUGCGAUGAGUUGGGAGUUGAUGUGGACAAGAUUAUGAAAAAACCAGCUAUCCAAAAGGCAAUUAAGGAAAGUGGAAAGGACGGUGAGAGUAUGCGGACUGCUUGGGAGGUGUUGCAGGACGCGCAAAAGCUCGAGCUAGAGCGGGAAGAACGCCUGAGAGAACAUGAGCGAGAACAGAAAAAGCUCGAGCUAGAGCGGGAAGAACGCCUGAGAGAACAUGAGCGAGAACAGAAAAAGCUCGAGCUAGAGCAGGAAGAACGCCUGAGAGAACAUGAGCGAGAACGGAAAAAGCUCGAGCUAGAGCGGGAAGAACGCCUGAGAGAACAUGAGCGAGAACAGAAAAAGCUCGAGCUAGAGCGGGAAGAACGCCUGAGAGAACAUGAGCGAGAACAGAAAAAGCUCGAGCUAGAGCGGGAAGAACGCCUGAGAGAACAUGAGCGAGAACAGAAAAAGCUCGAGCUAGAGCAGGAAGAACGCCUGAGAGAACAUGAGCGAGAACAGAAAAAGCUCGAGCUAGAGCGGGAAGAACGCCUGAGAGAACAUGAGCGAGAACAGAAAAGGCUCGAGCUAGAGCGGGAAGAACGCCUGAGAGAACAUGAGCGAGAACAGAAAAAGCUCGAGCUAGAGCGGGAAGAACGCCUGAGAGAAGAUGAGCGAGAACAAAAAAGGCUCGAGCUUGAGCGGGAAGAACGGCUGAGAGAACAUGAGCGACAACACAAAAACACGAAAAAGAAAUGGCUGAGAUACAGAUUGAAAUCCUGA